AUGGGGAAGGCCAGGUCGGCCGGGGCGGGAAGGAAGCCCCCCGGGGCGCAGGCCGGCGCCCGCAGAGUCAAGCAGAAGCCCAAUCCCAACCCCUUCGAAGUUAAAGUCAACAGACAGAAGUUCCAGAUCCUGGGCAGAAAGACGCGCCACGAUGUGGGGCUGCCAGGCGUGUCCCGCGCGCGGGCCGUCAAGAAGCGGACCCAGACUUUGUUAAAGGAGUACAAGGAAAGGGAUAAGGCCAGUGUGUUCCGAGACAAGCGCUUUGGGGAAUAUAACAGUAACCUCAGCCUGGAGGAGAAGAUGAUGAAGAGAUUUGCCCUGGAACAGCAGCGACGUCACGAGAAGAAGAGUGUCUACAACCUCAAUGAGGCUGAAGAGCUGACGCACUACGGCCAGUCCCUGGCAGAUAUGGAGAAGCUGAACGACAUUGUGGAAAGUGACAGUGACGCCGAGGAACGGGGAACGCUGUCAGCCGAGCUGACAGCGACGCAUUUUGGAGGGGGCAGUGGGCUCCUCAACCAGCAAGGCGAGUUGGGGGACAAAGCCAAGUCACACAAGGAGCUGAUCGAGGAGCUCAUUGCAAAGUCGAAGCAAGAGAAGAGAGAGCGGCAGGCGCAGCGGGAGGACGCCCUCGAGCUCACCGAGAAGCUGGACCAGGACUGGAGAGAAAUCCAGACGCUCUUAGCACGGAAAGGCCCCAAGUCGGAGACCAGAGAGAGGGAUAAGCCCAAGCCUGAUGCAUACGACGUGAUGGUUCGUGAACUUGGCUUUGAGAUGAAGGCUCAGCCCUCGAACAGAAUGAAGACAGAGGAGGAACUGGCGAGAGAGGAGCAGGAGCGGCUCCAGAAGCUGGAGGCGGAGAGGCUUCGGAGGAUGCUCGGCCAGGACGCGGGAGACGGCACCAAGAAGCCAGCGCACCUGUCCGCCGAUGACCUGAAUGACGGCUUCGUCCUGGACAAAGAUGACCGGCGUCUGCUUUCCUACACAGACGGAAAGAUGAACAUCGAGGAAACCGCCCCCGAGGAGGCAGGCGGGGAAGCCGGUGACGCCGACAGCAGAGAGGAGGACAGCGAUGGGGAGGACGAGGAGGAAGGGGAUUCCAGUGGGGAGGACGAGGGGCAGAGCGAUGACCCCGACAGCCACUCUGACCUGGACUCCAACGUGGACAGCGAGGAGGAGAGCCGGGAGGAGCAGGACAGCCCGGAGGAGGGGCAGCACCAGCCGUGCAGGGGGCGACGCGCAGACGGGAACCAGAGCGUGCACGCCGCGGCCGAGCUGCCUUACACCUUCGCAGCUCCCGAGUCCUCGGAGGAGCUGAAGGCCUUGUUGACCGGAAAGUCCGUGAGCGAGCAGCUCCUGGUGGUGGAGCGCAUUCAGAAGUGCAACCACCCGAGCCUGGCAGCGGGGAACAAAGCCAAGCUGGAGAAGCUGUUUGGCUUCCUUCUGGAACACGUUGGGCAUCUGGCCACGACAGACCCUCCGGACCUCCAUGUGAUUGACAAGUUGGUUGUGCAGCUCUAUAACCUCUGCCAGAUGUUUCCUGAAGCUGCCAGCGAGGCCGUGAGGUUUGUGCUCCGCGAUGCCAUGCACGAGAUGGAGGAGAUGCUGGAGGCCAAGGGCCGCGCGGCCUUCCCUGGCCUGGACGUGCUCAUUUAUCUGAAGAUUACAGGGCUGCUGUUCCCGACCUCUGACUUCUGGCACCCGGUGGUGACCCCGGCGCUGGUGUGCAUGAGUCAGCUGCUCACCAAGUGCCCAGUCCUCUCCCUGCAGGACGUGGUCAAAGGGCUCUUUGUGUGCUGUCUCUUCUUGGAGUAUGUGUCCCUGUCACAGCGCUUUGUGCCCGAACUCCUUAACUUCCUCCUCGGAGUUCUCCACGUGGCCAUUCCCAGCAAGCCAGCUCGGGGUUACGUGCUGGUCCACCCCUUCCGGGCCCAUGGGAAGAACUCGGAGCUGCUCGUGGUAACCAGCACGGCAGACGCGGCCUCGUGGCAGAGAAGGAACCUGCCCCUGUCCUGGGCCAGCGGGCUGCCGGGCCAGGCAGAGACCGAGACCAACCACGCCAGGCUGUCCUGUCUGGCCACUUGUCUGGACCUGGUGAAGCACUGCGUGCGGCUGUAUGGCGCCCUGCCCGCCUUCCAGGACAUCGUGCGGCCCCUCCAGGCAGUACUGACAGAGCUCGUGGGCCUCGGGCACCCCCAGGACCUGCAGGAUCUGUGUCGCAGUGUCCUAGCAGACAUGGCAGCCCAUGGGCAUCGCUACCAGCCGCUGGUCUGUGAGAAGAGCAAGCCGGUCCCCCUGAAGCUCUUCACACCCAAGCUGGUCAAAGUCCUGGAGUUUGGCCGGAAACAGGGUGGCAGCCGGGAGGAGCAGGAGAGGCGCCGUCUGAUCCACAGACACAAGCGAGAGUUCAAGGGCGCCGUGCGUGAAAUCCGCAAGGACAGCCAGUUCCUGGCCCGCGUGCAGCUCUCAGAGACCCUGCAGAGGGACGCGGAAAGGAAACGCAAAGUAAAGCAGCUCUUCAGCAGCCUGGCCACACAGGAGGGCGAGUGGAAGGCCCUCAAGAGGAAGAAGUUCAAGAGAUGA